AUGACAACGACCGACCUUGAAACAGUUUCUCCACCCGCACAGGCAUGGCGACCCGAAGACACAGGAAAACCAUCCCCCGAACGCCCAUCAGUUGGAGGCAUUUUCCGACCUGAUAUUUUGGCUGUUAUUGAACAGAGAAUCACCGAGUUGGAUGCGGAUUUGAGAGCUCUCAGUCUUGAUAUACAUGCGCACCCUGAAAUAGGGUACGAGGAAAGACGAACUCACGAUGUUCUUACGGAUUUCAUGGCCAAACAAGGAUUCGAGGUCGAACGACACUACCUCCUACCCAGUCAGACCGCGUGGAAGGCCACCUUCAAACACGGACGCGGUGGAAGAACUAUUGGUGUCAAUUCGGAGAUGGAUGCGUUGAAGGGCAUUGGACACGGUUGCGGUCACAAUCUUAUCGCCAUUGCUGGAGUUGCCGUCGCGUGCGCCAUGAAAGCCGCCUUUGAAAAGUUCAAUAUAUCCGGUGCAAUUGAGCUCCUGGGCACCCCUGCCGAGGAAGGUGGUGACGGAAAAGUUCACUUGUUGGAGCGGGGCGCGUAUAAGAAUAUGGCUGCGUGUAUAAUGUGCCAUCCCGCCCCUGGUCCCAAAGGCUCUGUUAGUCUCACCAGUUGUCUCGCACUACACCGCAUACAAGUCCAGUAUUUCGGACACACAGCCCACGCUGCUCUUUCUCCCUGGGAAGGCGUCAACGCAUUGGAUGCAGCAGUAUUGGGAUACAACAACAUAUCUGCUUUUCGGCAGCAACUGAAACCUACACAUCGCAUCCACGGGAUAUUUCGUGAAGGAAAAGAUUGGCAAACGAAUGUCAUUCCUGACUUUGCGGAGUUUGUUUGUUACGUCCGGGCACCAACACGAGCCGAGGUGCAGUCCACCUUGAAGCGUGUAUUACCCUGUUUCGAAGGGGCUGCCAUAGCAAGUGGAUGUACAAUCAGGAUCGAAGACUACGGCGCGACACACGACCUAAGGCAGAACAAAGCUUUGGGGGAUGAAGUUGCCAACAUUGUCCGCAGAAAAUAUGGGUCUAUUGACUACGAAUGGGGUAUCAAAAGCGCGUCUACGGAUUUUGGGAACGUAAGCUACGAACUACCGUCCUUGCACCCUGGUUUCGCGAUUCCCACAGAGGAAAACGGGGGAAAUCAUACGCCAGGAUUCACCAGAGCUGCGGCAACAAUUGAGGCUCACUAUGCUUGUCUAGAUGUUUCCAAGGCAUUAGCCGCUACAGGCGUGCGUGUGGUUAUCGAUGACAACUUUUUCAAACGGGUCCAAAAUGCAUUUGAGGAGGAUAAAAUCAUUCGGGAUAUGAUCGUGUAG